CUCGUAAGUUGGGGCUUCCUCGAAACAACCACCUCCACCACCUCUUGGUAACAACUCGAAACAAGAUAUUUUAUCUUCGACUCUUCGCUGACCGGCACCAGAGCUGAAUAAACUCGCUCCCGUAGUAUCAUAGCUGUUCCGGCGUUGUGAUCAAGUUCAGCCUCCUGCCACCGCACCAGUUACCUAGUACUUGUACCCCGCUAUCACCGGACGGUUCCCCCUUGCAGCACAAUACCACCACUCUUACCGUUCCCAACACCUCCACCCUGCGGCCCCAGAGAGUCGAUAGUUAUGAGGCCUACCUCCUCCGAAGCCAUGCACACGGGCCUUGUAGACGGCAGAUCGAGAAAGUCGUCUGCUGCAGGUCAACAACACCCGAUCCCUCCUGGAAUAUCUGGCACCAAUACACCCGGAGAAGAACAUCAUCAAACCCAUCUAUCCGCUCCCAUAACUUACUUUUUCGCCGACGAGGCUACAGUCGCCGCUUCCACAGCCAGUGGGUCAGCCAGCUCGGGCUUUGGUGUUAGGGGUUUGGCCGCUUCCGUGGAGGAGUCGGAUCUACGCCCUGGGAAGCGGUCGUCGCUUGCGGAGCACUCUAGAGGUUCUUACACUGAGAGCGGGGAAGGGGUGGAUGUCAACAACGAUGAGGAUGACGAGGCAGAUGAAGACGAGGACGCGGAGGAGGACCGCGGGCUCGACGAACGUUCGGUAGCUUCGUUUCGGUCCUCGGUCCACCCCGAGUUUCGCUCACCACACGGACUUCUUUCUGUGCCCCUAACACCCAUCAUGGGCCCCCAGUCGGAUCCCGAGUCUCCGCGUAGCGCUUCUGGUGUUUCUUACCGAUCUGAGGACAUGCAUAGUGAGCAGGGCGCGGAAUCCCCUGCUAGGAGGAGGCCGAGCUUCACCUCUACGAAGGAGCUGUCACGGGAGGCCCCUGAUGCUCCACAGCUUAUUAUGCCCGAGAUUACAAUACCGAGCAGAAGACCUUUCACUGAUAAGGGGAAGAGAGUAGGCAAGUUGAAGGUUCUGAUUGCCGGUGAUUCUGGUAGGUGGUAUUUCCUCCGCCUUGGUAUCAUGGGGGGGUAGCUAACUGAGUAUAUCAAGGUAUUGGCAAAACUUCUUUAAUCAAAUCCAUCGUCCAAGCUUGUGAAGAUAUCGUACACGUCGACCCCAUAUCCUCCAAUAGCUGCCAAACAGGAGCUCGUGCUGGAUCCUCAUACUACGCAAUCAACAGUCGUCCUAACGGAGAUAGCACCAAAGAUAUUACAGAAGUUUACGCGAGCACUCGGCCUUAUCCACAUUGGUGGUCGGAGCUUGAUGACAGCAGGCUACUUAGGAAAAGAAGGUCAAAGCCUGGAAUAGAUGAUCAAGUUAUUGAGAGAAACCUUUGCUUCGUAGACACGCCGGGAUAUGGUGUUGGUACAUCUGUACGAAGCUUUUUUGUUACUGAAAUUCUCGUCCCCUAUGUCCCAUCGGCUGCGCUCGUGAGCUGACCUGGUUAUUUAUAGUUUCUUGAAUGUGUCGAGCCUGUAGUCAGAUAUGUUGAAGGCCAGCUAGAGCGCACACGUGCCAUUGUGAGUGGCAACAGUGGAGACCUGCUUCCCCUGCUUUCGGGCGAUGGAACCCCGCAGGUUGAUAUUGUGUUUUAUGCCAUCCUUCACCGUAAGAGCCCUCCGAUAUACACAGGCCGACAGCUGCUAAUUCUGUGCUCCUCUAGGGGUUAAACCUGUGGAUAUCGAUUUCAUCCGCCGCCUUUCACCCUUCACGAAUGUUUUGCCCAUUAUCGCGAAAGCAGAUACAUUGACACCCCAACAAGUUCAGAACCUUAAGCUGUCAAUAUUGAAUGACCUUCGCGGUGCGGGAGUACGUCCGUUUCUCUUUGGAAAGACGUUGCCUGAUGUUUCGAGGAGCAUGUCUGAAAACAUGCCUUGCGCACCUUUCGCUAUAUCAUCGGCCCUUUCGAGCGACUCGGAGAAUAUGGAGGCCAGUUUGCUCAUGUCCCCGGACUACGUAGCACCCUUGGUCGGCUCCGAUCUUUCUGAGCUGGUCAACCACGUGUUUGACCCAGAUAAUAUCGCUUGGCUGAGACAUGCGUCCGCGAAGAAGUACAUUCAGUGGUCUAAUAGCGUUGCCGCAUCAAACCAUUCGUCGUCUCUGACACGCUUCAAUUCCACCCCUGGCUCACCAGGAUCUAUGAGGAGUACAUCGGCCUCCGCGUUGCUUUCUGCGAGUAAUUCUAGUCUAAUCCAUAUUCCCGAUUCAGGUGCACAGGUAGCAGCGAAUAGCUUUGCGCUGGCAAGAGUUGCAGACCAUACCCAGCGGGAGGAGAGGCUUGCCCAGGUACGGCUUACCCGAUGGGCCCAUGAUCUGCAGCGUAGCCUUAAAGCCGAGCGAGAACGCUACGAGCGAUUGGCGAGAGGGGAACGUGCUAUUUGGCUCACCGAGAGAUUGGGAGAGUGCAUUGCCGACGGCCAACUGGUACCCGCAUCAACGGCCUUAGCCAACAAGUAUACCGCGGCUGCGGAUACGCAGGAUGGAAUGGUUAAUGCUAGAGAUCCACUCGGCCUCCUAGCUCUCAAUGAGAAUAUCCGACGGAAGGCUGUCCGGCUCUUGAGGAUUGCCGGAUACGGGGGCAUUGUGGGCUUUAUGAGUUUGUGGGUCCUGAAGCAAUCCGGUCUUAUGAAUUUUCAAGGAUGGGCCACUCUUCCACCAAACAGGGUCUGAAGCGAUAUGUGUGCAUCCUUCUUAUCAACUUCAUUUCCUCAUGAAUUUUUCCUUUCGACCUCCUACGAUUUAAAUCGGCCCCAACCAGGGGAAAGAGGAGCUGUCGUUUUUUUUUCCCCCUAGUUUUCUCUCAUCAUACGGUUCGUUAGGUUCCGAUAGCCCUUCCUUCCCACCUUUCACCCCUCCUUGGAAUGCACAAAAAAGGGAUUACCACUUUAUCUUUAUAAUUGCACUGACCAAGAUUAAUUUUUUCUUCUUUUCCCCUUUCUCUUUCGCAAAUCUCGAGAAUCCUGUGGGGGACAUGUCCGGGGAUGAUGAGUCAAGGGGACGAAGUCAAUGAUUUGCUAUGUUUUCUCUUCCCUUCCCUUUUCCUCUUACUUUUGUAUGUCCUCCUAUAGAGUGGAUUUCUGGCCCGCCUAGAGGAUGCGAUACGAUGGCUUCUGACGUUUGCCUGUCCGUUUCUUUGUACUCUACGAUAUUUUCCGAGAUGCAUGUGAAUAGUUUACGAGUUGGCUUGAUCCUUUGUGAAAUUUUGAAUGCACCGUUGUAGCUGUAAGCCUUGCAACAUUGGUAUAAUAGAGUAUCAUACCAGUAAAGUUAUGAUAUGGCGCAUGCCGCUUAUACACAGCACCAAGGCCGAUGCAACGGGGGAUGCUUUGGGGUUUGAUUUUUGCACGACUCCGGGGGCUUUGCGUCUGAACUCUUAGAGCUUUAUGACAUUUUAUUUCAUGAGAUAUGGCAUGUUUGGCAUGAUGUAAGAUAUUUUAGGAAAUUGUAUUUAUUAUGCUUCCUGAUUUACUUCCCAAUACAGCUUAUGAACUAAACUUAAGAAGAAAUUUCAAAACAACUAUAGAGAAAAUUAGGAAACAAAAUUUCUAUAAGAGAAUAUCAAAUUUUCAGUACUCACUAGUAAGAUUUAUACUGCUUUGAGACAAGGCUUUUGUAACUUUCUGAUGCAUAUAUCUCUCCAGAAUGAGACCUAUCAAUUAUAUAUUAGGUCUGCAGGUAUUAAAGAUAAUGAGCAAAAAUAUUAAAGCUAUGUUUAUAAAAAGAUCUUGUUGAACAUUUUGUAUGAUAGAUUACUAUAUUUAAUAUACUAUUACCUGGAACUUGACAGGUUAAAUAGGGAUUUAAUAUCAGAUGAUGGAUCAUAACAUAAAAUAGUAUUUCAAAAAUUCAGACCUAACUUAACGCCCUCAGAGUUGCGUAGAAAUCGAACCCCAAACCCUAAAGCGUCCCCCGUUGCAUCGGCCUUUGGUACUUGUACUGU